GCGGCCGCGGCCCCGGCGCGGGCAUGACCCUGUCGGGCGGCGGCAGCGACAUGUCCGGCCAGGCCGUGCUGGCGGCCGAGGACGUGGACAUCGACGUGGUGGGCGAGGGCGACGACGGGCUGUGCAAGGAGAGCGACGGCGAGGCCGGCAGCCCCGGCGCGCUGCCGCGGCUGCCGCUGGACGAGGCGGCCGAGGCGGCGCUGCCCGCGGAGCCCGGCGCGGGCGCGGAGAGCGGCAGCAGCGGGCGCGGCAGCCCGGCCGAGGCGGCGCCCGGCGGCGCGGCCGACGGCGGCAAGGGGGGCGGCGGGGACGAGGGGGCGAGCGGCGGCGGCGGCGCGGCGGGGCAGAGCAAGCCCAAGAGCAGCCUGGUGAAGCCGCCCUACUCGUACAUCGCCCUCAUCACCAUGGCCAUCCUGCAGAGCCCGCAGAAGAAGCUGACGCUCAGCGGCAUCUGCGAGUUCAUCAGCAACCGCUUCCCCUACUACCGGGAGAAGUUCCCCGCCUGGCAGAACAGCAUCCGCCACAACCUCUCGCUCAACGACUGCUUCGUCAAGAUCCCCCGGGAGCCCGGCAACCCGGGCAAGGGCAACUACUGGACGCUGGACCCCCAGUCCGAGGACAUGUUCGACAACGGGAGCUUCCUGCGCCGCAGGAAGCGCUUCAAGCGCCACCAGCAGGAGCACCUGCGGGACCAGACGGCGCUCAUGAUGCAGGGCUUCGGCGCCUACAGCCUCGCCGGGCCCUACGGCCGCCCCUACGGGCUGCACCCCGGCGCCUACGCGCACCCGGCGGCGGCGGCCGCCGCGCUGCAGUACCCCUACAUCCCGCCCGUGGGGCCCAUGCUGCCGCCCGCCGUGCCGCUGCUGCCGUCCAGCGAGCUCAGCCGCAAAGCCUUCAACUCGCAGCUCAGCCCCAGCCUCCAGCUGCAGCUCAACAGCCUGGGCGCCGCCGGCUCCAUCAUCAAGUCGGAGCCCAGCAGCCGCCCGUCCUUCAGCAUCGAGAACAUCAUCGGCGUGCCGGCCGCCAGCUCGGCCGCCAGCGCGCAGACUUUCCUGCGGCCGCCCGUCACCGUGCAGUCGGGCCUGGUGGCCCACCAGCCGCUGGCGCUGGCGCGGACCACGGCGGCCAUCGCCCCCAUCCUCAGCGUGCCUACGAACAUCAUCUCGGGCCAGUUCCUGCAGCCCGCCGCCCCCGCCGCCGCCGUGCAGGCCAAGUGGCCGGCGCAGUAGGGAGCC